AUGCCACGAGGAAGAUCAGCCAGAAGUGCCCAUUCAGAUGGCAGCGAGAUGGAUAUGGACGGCACAGCAGAAUCAGAGAUAACCAAACUGCAGAGACAGUUCAGGAUCAUGGAAGGAGACCGACAGGCCUACAACAUUCAGGCUCGGGAGCAGAUUCGCAAACAACAGCAGGAGAUACAGAAGCUUCUGACGGAGCAGGAGGAGCUGCAGCAAAACCUUGGUGCAUGUAAAAGCUUGUCCCGACAACAGCAAGACAGUGAGGACACCCAGAGUCUCAAUGCUCUAUUGGAGCAGAGAGACAUGCUAGAGGAGGAGUUGGAGAAAGAGAAGCAGUGUCAAAAAGAAAUAAUGAAAGAGAUCUCAAACAUAGAGAUGAAGCUGGCAGAGCUGAGAAAAGGGGAGGUCAAUACUAGUGACACACUAAGAUCUGAAGUACGACGGACUCAGAAGGCCAUACGUACCUGGGAAUACAAACUGGACAGAGCUUUGACCCGCUUCAAUGAGCAGCUGACCAAAAACAGCCACCUGAGAGAGGAGAUGCAGACUCUUCAUAUUGAACGUGUCCGUUUUCAGCAACUUCACAACAGGCUGGACAAGGAACUCCAAGAAGUCCACAAGAAGAUUGGGGAAAUGAUCAAUCUGUCUACUGCCGCUUACGAUGCCAGGGUGGAGGCUCAGUCCAAGAUGACCAUGAUGAGAGAGAAGGCAGUGAAGGAUCUCGCCCAGUACAAUGCUGAGAUGAAAGAAUUGGAAAGGGUCAUUGCACAUGAGUGUAGCCUGAAAGAGUUCAUGACCACCAAGUGCAGUGAGAGGACUAGCCAAGAUGACGGCCAGGAGAUGGGACACAGACAAUUGUCGGAACUGAGGGAGCAGAGGAGGACGGACUCAGGUGAGGAGUCACUGGACGCUUUAGAGGAGGUGUUUGAGAGGAUUCAGACUGUGACAGGGGAGGACAACCUGGACAUGCUGGUCACCAGGUUCAUCCAGGUUGAAGACCGAAACUUUGCACUCUUCAAUUUUGUAAAUGAGCAAAACAAUGAGGCUGAAGCACUGAGGGAUCAAAUCAGCCAGAUCCAAGGAGAGAUGGAGCAGUUUCGUGUGGAGGGUUUGCAACAGGAGCGAGAACAUCGCUCUUUGCUGAGAGACACUGAUGAGCGACAAAAGGAAACCAAGUCUCAAGCUGAGGACUAUGAAGACCAAGCUAGCAUCAUAAGCAAAAUCCUGGACCAGGUUAAAACAGAAGUGAACAGCAUUUUUUCUAAGAUGGAGUGUGACCGUUCAGUGAUAGAGGACAUGCUGGGCUCCUCUUCAGGGAUCAGUGAGAACAACAUCAUGUCCUACCUGGGUCUGGUGGAACAGAGGACCAAUGAGCUGCUCACCAUACAAGCUUUCCUCAAUUCUAAAGAUCUGGAAAAGGACUACAAUCCAAAAGAUCUGGCCAAGUUUCUUCUGGGUCAAAAUCCAGAAAUGCUCAAGGAGAAUAUUAGUAUCCAACCUGCAGUCAAUAGUGUGGAGUAUGACGCAGGAGAGUCUCCUGUCACUGAUGAAGAAGAACGUCCACUUUCACAGGGGGAACUUCGCAAAAAAAUCAUUAAAGGGGUAAUGCUGAAAGAGAGUUCAGCCCGGCAGGCAGCAAACAAAGUGUCAAAAACCAGUCAGCAGUUUGGCAGCAGGCAGCGCUCCCUGGAGGAAGCAGUAAUCUAA